AUGGUGACGAUCUGUACCUACAAUGCACGUACACUUGCAUCCGAGUUCUCGAUAGAAUACUUGCUCAUGCAGACAAGAAGAAUAAAGUACGACGUCAUCGACCUCGCCGAGACGAGAAGACGCCAGCCUUUCAACGCCGUCUAUGACACCGGAGAAGAACUGUUCCUCGAACGUGCGACAGUAGAGGAGUCAGUGGCGUCGGCGUUCUCGUCAACACGAGUUUGUCCAUGA